AUGGCAGCGUACAAAUUGGUGCUGAUCCGACACGGCGAGAGCUGCUGGAACCAGGAGAAUCGCUUCUGCGGGUGGUUCGACGCGGAUUUGAGCGAAACGGGCGAGCAAGAGGCAAAGAGGGGUGGACAGGCGUUGAAAGAUGCUGGCUAUGAGUUUGACAUUUGUUACACCUCAGUUCUUAAGAGGGCCGUCCGCACUCUGUGGUUUGUUCUGGACAGCAUCGACCAAAUGUGGCUUCCAGUGCACAGGACCUGGCGCCUCAAUGAGCGCCAUUAUGGCGGUCUGACUGGCUUGAACAAGGCUGAAACAGCAGCUAAACAUGGAGAGGCCCAGGUCAAGAUUUGGAGGCGCUCGUUUGACAUUCCUCCUCCACCUAUGGAUGAGGGCCACGACUUCUAUCAGACCAUAAGCAAGGACCGACGUUAUGCCGAUCUGACAGAGGACCAGCUUCCAACAUGUGAGAGCCUGAAGGACACCAUUGCUAGGGCUCUUCCCUUUUGGAAUGACGAGAUAGUUCCACAGAUCAAAGAAGGGAAGAGGGUGCUGAUUGCUGCCCAUGGCAACAGUCUCCGUGGCAUUGUCAAGCACCUUGAGGGUAUGUCUGAGGAGGCCAUCAUGGAGCUAAACCUGCCUACAGGUAUUCCUGUUGUGUAUGAAUUGGACAAAAACCUGAAGCCCAUAGGACCCAUGCAGUUUUUGGGAGAUGAGGAGACUGUACAGAAAGCGAUGGCUGCUGUGGCAGCUCAGGGUAAAGCAAAAAAAUAA